AUGGCUCUUUGGCGUCUUUGCUUGCUGGCAUUCUGUGUUGCAGAGCAGAUUCCCGAUGAUGAGUGCACCACUGGAACAUGCAGCUUGGAGCUUCAUCAAUUGCGAGCACAGAAAGAGGAGUCCAAACUCGAGGUUAAUGCGAACACUAGUUUUACCGGGUCAUGUUCUGCAGAUGAUGAGGCCCUCAUGAACAAGUUUGGAGGUGGAAAUGCAGAUGGCACCUUCCCCAAGAUUGUGGCAAACUGCGGGCAUUCUGCUUACAGCUUUUGGAGCGGUUUCAAGAGAGGAAGCAUGGCUAGUUGCAUUGCCAGUAAGACGGGAUUGAGUUCUGGCUGUGCUUCAUGCUUUGCGUCCUCCGGCCAGUAUGGAUACGACCACUGCAAGAUCCAAUGCCUUUUUGGCUCUUGGUGCUCCAACUUGUGCUUGAGCUGUUCCGAAGGUGGCAAUGAAUUCAAUGAGAAUUUUUGUUGUGGGGAGCAAUGGGGUCUCACUGGCAAUCCGGCUUGCUGGAAUGAGGAGUUCUUCUACCUGAGAUGCUGCGGCUUGGAGAAGUUUCCACGAAAGCUGGAGGAAGAUGAGCGGUGGGAGAAGAUUAAGGCAGGAAAAGAAUUGGAGGAUGGUGGAGAGUAUGACUUCAUUAUCGUUGGUGCUGGAUCUGCUGGAAGCGUUGUCGCCUCGAGACUUGCAGACGCAGAGACCCCUGAUGGCCAACCUUGGCGUGUCCUGAUCCUGGAGGCAGGAUCGUGGGCUGACGCUGAGGAUGCAGCACACCCAGACCGAGCCACUCAGAAGAAAGAAGCCUGGUGGCCAGCGGUAGAGGCCAACUGGAGCCUUGGCAAGGAAGGAAGGACCUGGAAAUAUGCCACCGGAAGAGGAGUUGGAGGUACUGCCAGCGUCAACUCAAUGAUAUACACGCGAGGAUCCGUCUCAGAAUACGAGGCCUUUGGAUGGCCGACUGAGCAGGUGAUCAGCGCGUUCAAGAGUUUGGAGGCACCAAUGGAAGCGCCUGGCUUUCACGUAUCGUCGGACUUCCAUCGACCUCUUCCACAAGGUGCUUUUGAGGAAGAACCAGAUGAGCCUGGCUGUUUCCUGACCCUGGUCUCUUCAUUUGUAGAGGAGUUGCCGCCAGUCUUCCGGCAGCUCAUCGGAGCCUUCGAACGGAUCAAAGUACCGUUCAGGGUCGAUCCUCAUGGCAACGUGACCAUCCAUGGAAUUGGUGGCACAUGGCGCUCGAUGGGUUGCGGGCAUCCAAGAUGUCAACCCACAAGAACUCCUCGGGUGCAGCUUGCAGCAGGACGGCCUCGAUCCACGACCUACCAAAAUUUGGCCUCCCAUCUUCGGGAUUCACCAGCUCACAGGUUGCAAGUCAUGACUCACGCCUAUGCAGAGCGCAUAGUCUUUGAGGGCAACAAGGCCAUUGGAGUCGAGGUAUCAAUUGCCAAGAGCCCGAAGGCAGUGGAUCGACGCCUUCGGUUCACUGUGAAGAAAGAAGUGAUUUUGGCUACUGGUGUGCUUGCCACACCAAAGCUUUUGACUCUAUCGGGGAUCGCAGAGCCAAAGGAGCUUGAGAGACUCGAUGUCCCAGUAGUGGCUUCCUCCCCUUCGGUCAGCCGCCAUUUUCAUGAGCACGUUGGAUUGUCGAUUGUGGCCCACACCAAUGUGCCAUGUCCAGAUGGUUUUCAUCUCAGUGAGGAUGGUGAGACAACGACUCACCUGGGCAAUACAGACCAGUUCAUUGGUCAGCUGUAUGCGUUCUUGAACGCCACAAACAAUACGCCUGGUGCUGCUGGACCACUAGAUGCAGAGGUGAUGUUGCUGGAGGGAUGUUUGGAAGGUCACCUCACCUUGACCUUCACAAUUAUCCUCCUGCAAGCGAGAACACGGGGCAGGCUUGUGGUGCAAUCUCGAAAUCCAUUUGCUUCGCCGCAUUUGGAUUACAAGCCCUUGAGCAACAGUGAUGACAUCCAGGUUCUGGCCAACGCCAUCAGAUUGUUGUACCAGGGUGUCUUCGCUUCAUCGGAGUUGGCCCCUUUUGAGUUGGGCGUGAGUCCCGGCAUGGAGGUAGUGGCAGAUUUCCACAAGCUCGCGCAAUGGAUCCGGGCCAAUAUCUACUACUACUCGCAUCCAACGGGGACUGCUAGAGUUGAAAGACCUGGAGAGCCUGGGGUUGUGGACUCUCAGUUGCGAGUGCUUGGUGCCCGGAAUCUUCGCGUCGCGGACACGUCAGUUUUUCCGGAAUCUCCCAGCGGCCACUCCGAUGCGCCUGCAAGGCUGGUGGGAGAAAUCUGCGCUCGGUCGAUCCUUUCUCAGAUUGCCAAAGAUGAGAAGGAGCAGCUUCGUAAGAGUGGCGGGCUUUCUGUUCAGCUUCGUGGGUACCCGGUGAGGAUGCCACUCAGAGGCUUUGGUACCAACGGUUUUCAGGGUGACCGAGUGAAAAACACCUUGCGAUCUUUCUUCCAGCUAGGUGGCAGGAUGAUCGACACAGCCGUGCUCUACGAAAACCACCGCGAGAUUGGCGAAGCCCUUGCAGCUGGUACGGUGCCACGGGAAGAGGUCUUCCUUGUGACAAAAGUUCCUCCGACCGAGAUGGGUACGGAUGAAACUUAUGCUGCUGUCCUGAGAGCGGUGAAGGAACUUGGAACUCCCAUUGAUUUGGUACUUCUGCAUUGGCCAUCCAAUUUCGAUAAGAAGGCACCCCUUCCUCCAUGUGCAGCAACUUCUUGGCGAAGUUGUCGGCUUCAAGCCUGGCGCGGUCUGGAACGGGCGCAGAAAGAGGGGAAGGUGCGCGCCCUGGGCGUGUCCAACUUUGGAGUGCGACACCUUACUGAGCUUCUUGCGGAUGGCCCUAAGCUGCACAUCGCCGUCAACCAGGUGGAAAUGCAUCCUUGGUGGCCUCAACUUCCAUUGCAGAAGUUCUGCCGCGAAAAACAUAUCAAGCUGAUGGCCUAUGGCUCGCUGGGAAGCUCUUUGUUGGGUGGUGCUACACUACGCUCACCAGCGGUGGUGAAGGUGGCCAAACGAGUGGGUCGAUCAGCCGCGCAGGUUCUAUUGCGAUGGGCCGUGCAGCAGGGUAUUGCAGUGAUCCCGUCAAGUUCUUCCGUGGAAAGAAUGAAAGCGAAUUUGGCGAUCCUUGACUGGGACCUCUCAGCAGCUGACAUGCAGGAUCUAAAAGUCUACCCUGCAGAUAGAAUGCGCAUUUUCUUACCUGAUCCAGAGAAUGCGCCGUAG